AUCUUUCCGUUCGGUGGUGCUGAACAUAUUUAAUAUAUCGGUUCGUAGAUUUUAAUUUACCGUACCUACAUCUAUAUCUUGCCGGACAAAAAUAAUUUAUCUAACGGAUAUAAAAUUGUAUUUAAGAUACAAAACAUACAAAAAAAAAACAAAAUAAGAACUUUUUUCGAUCUAUGAAGUGUGCAAUGUCGGUGCGGUCUGCUUCACCAAAAGUGUUACUCGAUAUCAGUUAUAAGCCCCUUAUUGACCACAGUGCCAAUUUCAUGAAUAUGAAUCAAAAUUCAAUUAAAAUUAUUCAAGUUGAACAAAACUAUCUGCAAAUGCAGCAGCAACAAUCUAUGCAAGGAUACAUCCACCCACAUGGCUAUCCCACUUCUGAUCCCAUGGAUCAUGAACAGGAAACCGAGUUUAAUAUCCCCAGUAGUGAAAUUCUUAGCUCAGCUACAAGUUCGCCAAAUGGAACGCCUCCCUUGCAAAAGGACUUACAUUCGCAUAAUAAUAAUAACAACAACAAUAACAACUCAUAUCAUACCAACGAUUUGCAUCAUUUUAUGAAUGAAAAUGGAAAGCGCCGGCAAAACUUUGACUGUGGCGACGAUAUCCUGCAGGAUAACAAAAAACCUAUGGUCUACACCGACGAAGAACACUUCCAUCACAUUCCACGACAACAGCCACAAACCAUUGGAAAAUUCUUCGUCGAAUACUUGCCGACAACAGUUGACGAAGUGGGCAGUGGAGGUAACAGCAGCAGUCUUCAAUCGACAAAUAACACACCACCCUUCCAUCCCUACAAUGGAAACGACGAGGAUAUCUGCGAAACCAGCCAGGAUAACUUUAAGUAUCAACCAUUCCAUCAGCCCCCAGAAAUGACACCACAAACAGUCAAUCAAGGACAACAUCCCCAAGCUCCUCAGCAAGGACUUUUUGAUUUCGAUCAUACGAAUUCGUUAAAUGGCAGCACGUACUCAAGUUCGGACAGGGACGAAAUGGAAUACCGCCAAUCAGCCUACAUGUUUCAUAACGAAGACGAUCUCCUGCAAAUGUCAGCUGGCGCUGAUCCGUCCAAGUUCCGAAAGCCCCGUCGGCGGACAAAGAGGAAAUCCAGCAAAUUGGAAGAUGCCGGCGAAUUCCAGAAUCAGCGAGUAAUGGCAAAUGUGAGGGAACGCCAACGCACCCAGAGCCUGAACGACGCAUUCAAAUCCCUUCAACAGAUCAUUCCAACGCUUCCCAGCGAUAAACUCAGCAAGAUCCAAACGUUGAAAUUAGCCACAAGAUAUAUCGACUUCCUGUGCCGAGUUUUAUCGACGAGCGAAAUAAGCCUGCUGAAGGCUUUGGAUAAUCACGGUGUGACCCAAAGUAAUACAGGCAAUUUGGGGGGAUUCGCCUUAGGCGCAUCUGUCCUCAAUGAUGAAUCGAAGGGAAGACGCAAUGCACCUAUUAUCCCGCCAGAGAAGCUAAGCUAUCUCUUCGGAGUCUGGCGGAUGGAGGGUGAUGCCCAUAAUAAAUCAUAGAACGAUAGUUACUCCAAGCCAAUUUAUUCAAACUUGAAGAUCUUCCAAAUCGCAUUUCCAU